AUGCUUUACCGAGCAACCAUGAUAAUGUCGUAAGUGAUGCUCCCCGGGGUUCCCAAAUUUUCUCCCCUCCAGCCAUGUCGACGCCAACGACGAUGUAUGCGUGACUCGGCUGAGCUCAGGCUCGGCUGGGACUUGGCGUCGUCAGCGACCUCGCAGUCUCACUUGUGCGCAUAUCGCUCUGAACUAACAUACCUAUCAUCGUGGAGUACAGAUCAUCUUCUCCGGAGGAUCAGGACGACUCGCUCCGAGUUCAUCCCGCAACGCAAGCCAUCGCAUCUGGUGCCACUUUGAUCGACCCGACCCCGUCGGAUGAAGCAGAGCCGGAGUCGCAUUCGGGAGCCUCGGCUACUCAGCCGAGCACACUCGGCGAACAAGUCGUCGUUGACGACGAGGAUAACGAGGAUGACGAGGACAAUGAAGAUGAGGAGGAGAACGAAGAUGAAGAUGAGGAUAUUACCCCUUCGCAAAAGCUUUGGCCGGUCAAAGCUAUUGUGCGUUACACAUGUUCCCCGUCUCGGGUCGUCUCAGCGCGGUCUGAAUUGACACUGACGUCCGGCAAUCGGAUUCGGCAGAUUGGCGAGCGUCGAGGCCAAUACUUGCUCGCAUGGGACGGGACCGACGAGCAUGGGAGAUCGUAUGAGCCUACCUGGGUUCGUCUAUCUUAAGGACUCGGAGGCAAAUGUCGACCCUGACUCUGGUUGUACUGCGUGUCCUUCCUCAGGAGGCCAAAUCAAAUGCCACGCUGGGAUUAAUCAAGCAUUGGGAAGCCACGAAAGCCCCGAAGACCACUAACAAGGACGCUCGAGCAACUCGUCCUUCCAUGAACAAGAAAGGUAAACAAAGAAUGUCGAGCGAGCCCGUCAUCGAGAUCGAGCAACGGCAACGAACGAGUGAGAAGUCGUCAUCCGUCGAGGCGCGCGCGACUGGGCGCCCCGUCAAGAAGGUGAGGAAGGUCGCCUUCCAGAUCCGACCCGAUUCUGAUCCGAGCGAAAGCGAUGAAAGCGACAACGACGAUACUAGAGGAGCAGGUAGUAGUGAUGGUUGCGACAGCGACGUCGUGAUCAUCGAGGAGACUAUGCGCGUGAUCCUCGACUCGCAGGGCGAUGAAAUUUUUCUCCCCUCCAGCGUGUUGCCGCCGCCAUAUCUACCUGUACGGCAACCGCUGGCGGAGUUGUCCGUCUCAUCAUCUUCAACACAAUCGACUCAAGUUUCCUCCUCCUCGUCAAACACCCACUCAUUGCGGUCUUCCAUCAGCGUGGUCGGUUCGACACCUGCUGCCUCCGCCGUGUCAGCCCGGCCCAUGCGACCCGUCCCCAUCCCUACGGCGACGGACUUCUACCCUUUGUCCCAAAUGGAGAUCGACCCCAUCGAAAACCCAGACUCAUCCCCCGUCAGACCGUUGACGUCGAGGCUCCCGGCCACUCGGCCUUCCACAAGUGUGCCCCUACGACGAACGGGAUCCAAACCUCAACUCGAGCUCGUGCUGCAGACGCCGGCUUCUUCCGGGUCGUCUUCGUCUUCCAACAGGACUUGCAGCGAUGAGAACUCGAGCCUUCCGCUGCCUAUGAUGCCGAAUGUUCCCGCGCACGCCGUGGUUGGACCUUUCAGUGUACACGUCGCUGCUCAAGCGAUCAUUGCCCCCGACAAGAUCAACAUGAUGCGACCGCCCCCAACGCUUCUAAGUGAAGAUGGUGAUGGAGAUAUGGGCUUCUUGAAUGCUAGAGUAGCAGCUCGAAGAACGCUGGAGCGCUCGCGUUCCCUUGCUUUGCCGGCCCACCCCUUCGCAUCGAGCUUCUCGACACGAUCAUCCUCUGGGAACUAUGCUGCCGCCGAUGGGAGCGAAGGCGAACCGUCCGCAACACAACCCUACCAACAGCCCAUGCAAAACACCGCUCCAAUUCCUGGACUAUCGGCUCCUCAGAGCUACGUGGCUUCGACGAACGACUCGAAUGGGUCCAUCGCUAGUUCCAUUAUUCCUUCGUCGACAAAUGGAGCGUCUUCGCUGCGCAGCGCGUCAUCGAGCAUGCCAGCGGGGUCAGCUGCUCCUCCACCACCACCGGCACCGAAUACCACGCCGGCACCCGCCCCGAAUCCCACAAAGCGUGAUUUUCCCGAGAGCGACGAGGAAGAGCAGCAGACCAAAAAAGCGAAGACGGUCGAAUUCGCCGACAAACCGCCGACAUUAAUCGAGAUCCCUCCUUCGACGACGACUGAGAGCGAGAGGAAUCCUGUCGAAUCGACAGGAGGCUCACUGGCUCGCAUCAUGGACGCUCCGACACAGAUCACCCUGCCACCCCACCUGGCACCCUUCACUGUCCCGACGCAGCCUUUGUCGCCAGCCCUCGCGCGCGUUCAGGCAGUCGAAGGUCUUGCAGCAGAAUCGAACGAUCGACAAGGCUCUCCUGGACCUAGCGGUACAGGGCAGACAGACGCGGUCUCGCGCAACGCUUCCCCCGCACCAGGAGGUGGCUCGCACGUCGAUGGACUGAUCCAACUCGUGCAUGCGUCGACCUACAUCACCGACACGGAUUCGACAAAAGCCGAAAUUGAGCGCUUCUUGCGUGACCCUAAGGCUUAUGCCAGUAAGUGCUAGAGCUAAGCUCGCAUCCGCAGAUCCCUUGACUGACGAUUUGACCCGUUUCCAUGACCACAGGCAACCCUGAAGAACCGCUGUGCCGAGUCGCCCACUGGGCUUUCGAGCUCCGCCACGUAACGCAAGAGAACAUCGAAAAAAUCGACUUCAUCAUCGUCCAUUCCCAAGCCGGGACCUACCAACUCAAACGCGUUGCAGCCGCCCAAGCCCAAUUCGACUUUGCUCGUUCGCUCGCCCACGCCUCGACUCGAACCCGUGGACUCACACCUGGAACCCCUGCGGCCGUUCCCGCGACUUCAGCCGCCGCUGAACCGGCGGUGCCGCCUCCCAAACCGAUCGAGAUGAUGUCGCGUGACGAACUGGAGCGAGAACUUGCCGACCUCCGAGCCCAAACGUCGACUAUGUCCGCUGAACUCGAGACUCUCCGACCGCUGGCGCUGGAGGUGACCAAGUUGCGGACAGAGACCGCGACCUUGCUCAAACAGAACCGUUCCUUGGCGGCUUCGAAAGAGUCCGCCCAAUCCGACUUUGCCUACAUGCAAGCGCAAUACUCGCAAGCCUCUGCGGCCGCAGUGAUGAGGGCACGAGAAACGGACGUGGCUGAGGCCGAGACGUUGAGGUUAAGGUCCGUGUUGGAUCGCGGGUUGAAGCAAAAUGCGAUGCUGUUCAAAGCCGAGAACAAGAAGCUCAAGUUCAUGGUCAAGAGGUUGGAAGGGGAGAUGGCGUUGCUCAAAGCGGAGAGGAGACGGGUCGCGGAGAGCGAGGUCAUCAAGAAGGCGGCGUUGUGGGACGAUUUCCAGGCUGAGCUCAAGCAUCAUGAGGCGAUCGAGAAUGACUUGGAGCGAAACGAUUCAAGUGAUGAAGAGGACGAGAAGGACGACGAUGAGGAGAGUGCACCGCCACAGGAGGAGAGCGCGCAUGCUGCUCCUGCGGACACGACAACAAGCGAGGAAGCGAAUUUGUCAAGCUCGAUCGGGGAAACUGUCCCCUUACCGCCGCUCGUCUGCCAGUGGAAGUCGUCAGGGGACGGUGGUCGAGUUUGCGAUGCGGUGUUGCAGACGAGGGAGGAGUUGGAGCAGCACAUGGCAACGCAUCAAGCGACGCAGUCCUAUGUAUCGUAG